CAGCGAGAACAGGCCAGACCAGGGCCAGGGUUACUGGGCAGACACAGGGCAGAGCCCCUGGGCAGUUCUCUUACACACAGAUUCUUAGCACCACUCGGCACUUGGAGCAGUAGCGCCAGCGGUCUCUCUCCUCAGACACCAGAAAGAUGCAGGGCAGGAUGGGUGGUCCAGUGCAUCGAGUGUCGUUCAGGGACACCUGGAGCCGGCAAGUAAACCCCGACAUUGAGAGUGAGAGGUGUGUGCGGUCCUUCGAUGUGGAACGUCUCACCAACAUCCUUGACCAAGGUGCCCAGAACACUGCUCUCCGGAGGCAAGUUGAAAGCAUCAUCCACAGUGACCCAGUAUUCAACCUUAAGGAUAAUUAUUUCCUGACCCAGAAUGAGAGUUACGAGACCGCCAUUCAGAAGAAAGUCCACAUCCAAAAGAUAGCACAACGCCUGGGCUGGUCAGAGAACGGUCCUGAAAUGAAAUAUGCUUACAGAGCUCUUUCUGGAUACGUGGCCUUAAGUUUACAGGGUAUCUUCCGGAAAGCCCUCAGGAGCCUGGGCUCAGAGGAGCAGAUUGCUAAAUGGGACCCACUCUGCAGGGAGUUCCAGAUUAUCACUACGUAUGCCCAGACAGAAUUGGGACAUGGGACAUAUCUGCAGGGUCUGGAAACUGAAGCCACCUAUGACGCCGCCACCCAAGAGUUUGUGAUUCACAGCCCCACGAUGACUGCCACCAAGUGGUGGCCUGGGGACUUGGGACGGUCGGCCACCCAUGCCCUGGUCCUGGCCCAGCUGAUCUGCUCAGGAGCCCAGCGAGGCAUGCACGCUUUUAUUGUGCCCAUUCGGAGCCUCCAGGACCACACCCCACUUCCAGGAAUCGCCGUUGGAGACAUCGGGCCCAAGAUGGACUUUGAACAUACAGAUAAUGGCUUCCUGCGGCUGGACCACGUGCGGGUCCCCAGGGAGAACAUGCUGAGUCGCUUUGCACAGGUCUUGCCAGAUGGCACCUACACCAAGCUUGGGGUGGAACAGAGCAACUACCUUUCCAUGGUGGUGGUGCGGGUGGAUCUGCUGUUGGGCGAGAUAAUACCCCUGCUGCAGAAGGCUUGUGUCAUCGCCACGCGCUACUCAGUCGUCCGUCACCAGUCCCGGCUUCAACCCAGCGACCCAGAGGCAAAAAUCCUGGACUACCAGACGCAGCAGCAGAAACUCUUCCCUCAGUUGGCCACGGCCUAUGCUUUCCACUUCCUGGCAGUCAGCCUCACGGAAUUCUUCCAGCGCUGUUACAGUGCCAUUAUAGACAAAGACUUUGCUCUCCUGCCUGAGCUCCAUGCCCUGAGCGCGGGUCUGAAGGCCCUGGUGGCGGACUUCUGUACCCAGGGGGCCGAGCUGUGCCGCAGGGCCUGUGGAGGACAUGGCUACUCGAAGCUGAGUGGCCUGCCAUCGCUGGUCACCAGGGUGACAGCCUCCUGUACCUACGAGGGCGAGAACACUGUGCUCUACCUGCAGACAGCCAGGUUUCUGGUGAAGAACUAUCUGCAGACUCAGAUGUCCCCAGGCUCCACAUCACAGAAUUCUCUCCCUCAGUCAGUCUCCUAUCUCGCUGCACCCAGCCUGGCCAGGUGCCCAGCCCAGCGGGUAGCCGACUUCCUCUGCCCUGAGCUCUACGCCACAGCCUGGGCACAUGUGGCAGCCAGGCUCAUAAAGGACUCGGUGCAUCAUUUACAGACCCUGACACAAACCGGGGCUGACAGGCAGGAGGCAUGGAACCAGACCACUGUCCUACACCUCCAGGCUGCUAAGGCACACUGCUACUACGUGACUGUGAAGACUUUUACAGAAGCCCUAGAAAAACUGGAAAAUGAGCCAGCAAUUCAGCAGGUGCUCAAACGCCUCUGUGACCUCUAUGCCUUACAUGGCAUGAUGACUAACGUGGGUGACUUCCUCCAUGAUGGCUUCCUGUCUGGGGCCCAAGCAGACAUGGUGAGAACAGCCUACCUGGACCUCCUCCUCCUGAUCCGGAAGGAUGCCAUCUUGUUGACUGAUGCUUUUGACUUCACUGAUCAGUGUUUAAAUUCAGCACUUGGCUGCUAUGAUGGAAAUGUCUAUGGACGUCUGUUCGAAUGGGCUCAGAAGUCACCAACCAAUAUUCAGGGGAACCCUGCCUACGAGAAAUAUAUAAGACCACUAUUACAAGGUUGGAGAUCCAAGCUAUGAAAUAACCAACAGUAUUCAAGAGGCAAACAGCACCACUAUGUGAUAAUGGUACAAUGGGAGAUAAAUGAAAUUAUACUUUAAAUUUAUAUAUAUAUAUAUACUUUAAACAAAGAGUUCUUACCUUUAGAGACACAUUCUGAAGUAUUCAAGGAUGAAAUGACAUAGUAUCUGUGAUUCACUUCAAAGUAAUUCAGAGGGAGGAGAAAGGGGAAGUGAAUAAUUGUUGAAAGUUGGUCAAUGAGUACAUGGGUAUUCAUUACACUAUCCUCUACUUUUGAGUAAGUUUGAAAUUUCCCACAAUAAAAAAAAGUACUACUAUC